GUUUUCCAUGUAAGAGGUUGUUUAUUACAUGAGGCUUGGAAGAGUUAAUUCCUUGUUUGUGCAAUAUUCUUCACAAUCAGCCAAUUUCUGGUCCAAUAUGCAGUUACCUGGAUCUCCAUAGUUCUCUCUCAUGGCAAUCUACAAAUUGGUAUCUGAUUCUUAAUUUCAUAGGGACCCUUGUGGCUAUCAUGGGAUAUGCCAUGCCUCCUGUGGUCAUACAUAAUAUGGAAAAAGCAAUUUUCUGUUCUUUCCCUUAUCUUUUGGAUCAAUAAUAAAACUAUUGAUGAUCCCAAACAAUUUGGUGAAUUGUUUUACGGAAAAUUUUGUUUCCAUUAUGCAGCAUCAGGUCAAUUGUUUGCCUCAACUUGCCCAGUUUUUCUGGUGGACUCAAUCCUUGGGGAGUGCCGAAUAGGAAGAAGAUGCGUUAUAGGGACUUGACUCCUCCAUAUGUUGAUGAUGGCCUUAUUGAGGUGGUUGGUUUUAGAAAUGCUUGGCAUGGGCUCGUUAUGUUUGCUCCAACUGGACAUGGGACUCGCCUUGCGCAGGCAAACAGAAUUCGUUUCGAGUUUCACAAGGGUGCAGCUGAACAUACAUUCAUGAGGAUUGAUGGGGAGCCAUGGAAACAACCUCUCCCUGUAGAUGAUGACACGGUUGUUGUUGAAAUCUCCCACUUUGGCCAAGUUAGCAUGCUCGCCACCCCUUAUUGCCGAUCCAAAAGUGUUGAGGACCCUUCUUCCCCAUGCAUACAGGAUGAUGAUGAGGAGGACGACAGUAAUGAAGAUGAAGACUGGGAAGAGAAGAGGAAGUUAGGGGCAGCUGACACUUUCCGAAUACCAGAUGGGAUUGACAUUUCUCAGCUUAGUUAGCCUCUCCAGAUUUGUUCCAUAAUAAAUUUGUAGUGCUUUUGGGGGCAGCUUUAACUGGCACAAUACUCUGCUACAGCAAGAAGACAAUUCUUAUUGCGUUCAUCUGUCACCAUUGGCAUCCCCUGUUUUAAUUAGUUUAUAAUUCUUCAUUUUUUUUUAUUCAUUUAUUAGUCUUAAAACUGUAGUGCAUUUAGGAACUGUUUGGGAUGACCUAAAUAAGUGUACUUUUUGUCUUUUUACGAAAAGAUGUGCAGAAAAGUAGAGAGAUGAUGUGAUGGAAAAAAGAUAAAAAGUGUGUACUUAUUUAGGAUAGCCAAACUUGGCCUUAAUUGGUUGAUUGAUUUAUUGUCCAAUAAAUUGUAGUUUAGAAAUAUAUGAAACAUGGUGUGAACCCUGCAUGUCAUGUGCUUUAGACAAA